CUUUACCUUUACGAUGAUGUCUCUGCAUGAGAAUACGUGUGCGUACAAAUUCAGACUCAACACAAGAAUAAAAAGUAAAAGAGUCAAUAAUUGCUCACUCUCCUCCAUCUCCUGUGAGUUGUUGGUAUGUUUUUUUUGUGAGUGCUGGUCCCUAUCUAUUACAACUAGUAAAAGAAGUUCUGUUAAGUUAUAGCCAAUAUACAAAGUAGCUGGCAGUUUGUAGAUCAUGUAGUCAUCAAAUAUAUCAAUGAACAGGCUGGCGGGACCUAGAAGUUACAGGAUGGUGACGUCAUCGUAGAAGCCACCGCUUUCUUCAUGAACAUGUUUGGAGAGCACGAGCGUGGUGUCCUGGAAUGCUCAUUACCGAUCUUUAGUUUGAGCUUCGGAGUUAGCCAGUACCAUAUUGUCACCAGCAUGAAAUAUAUGUUUAACUACUUGUUGUUGUAACCGCAACGCGUGUUAAUACUAGUACCCGAAGGAAGAGUACGCUGAAACAGGAGCUGAUGUACUUCGUCACAAGCGAUCGGGCUUGGCUGAUCGAAGAUUCCAUGAACACGAACGUCAAGGACAAAUAAAAAAUUCGUCAUCCUUCGCAGGACAACUUCGCGGAGAAGGCGCAACUUCGUCUUCAUCAACACCACUUGAAGUCUCACCUCCUCUCCGUCAUCAACAGGACUUGAACUAGAAAAAGCGAGCCCCUAGGACGCUAGCACGAUGAACGCCAUCAUUGACGCUGCGAUAGGCGAACAGCCUCCGGUAACAAGGGCUUACGUCUUUUUAUCCUCAGCCUUAAUUAAGGGUUCCCAGCACAUUGCAUCCUUCACUAAACACAUCCCUGACUCUUUUCCAGAAGGAAAUAUGUCAGGAAUGGUCUGAGGAAUGUAAUUCCGUAACCUCUAACGUAAUGGCCGCAUGCUCCUUGGAGCUGCUCUCCCCCUUCCAGCUUUAUCUCAAUUGGCACCUAGUCCUCCAAGAGUUCCAGAUCUGGCGACUUUUCACCUGUUUUCUGUUUUUUGGGACCUUUGGCUUGCCCUUCUUCUGGAACGCGUAUGUCCUAGUCUUCUAUUGCGCUUCAUUGGAGGACAUGUCGUUUCGAGGGCGACCGGCAGAUUUUUUGUGGAUGUUACUCAGUGGAAGUUGGAUGUUGCUCUUUAUAGCCUACUUUUUCGACGCUAGCUACUUCAUCAGUGGAGCCAUGAUCGAUAUCAUGACCUACCUAUGGGGAAGACGGAAUCCACAUGCGAGGGUACUAUUUUUUAGUCGCAACUGCUGGUAGCUUGAUUUCCAGCAGUCGCAACUGCUGGCAGCUUUAUUUCCAGCUAACGUCGUUCUCGUUCUAAUUCCCAAAACCAAAUCAUGAAGUAGAGCAUAGCUUUACUUUGAAAACUCGCGUACGUUGAAGACUCACGUGUCAUAGCUUUACGUUGAAGUAGACUCACCACAAGCAUGCAAGAACUUCUUGAUCAUCAAAAAUCCCAAACAGCCUGUUCGUGUUACCCACAAGAAGUGUAAAGCUAUCUUCCGAUCAGUGAUUGAAAACAUGACCUUCACCCAACCUCUCAAUCAAACUCAGAUUACAACAGGUUCACGUCAUCUUCAUCACUGUUCCCCAUCUCCAUCCCCCACAUCACCAGGUUCACGUCAUCUUCAUCACGGUUCGCGCACCUUAUCUUCCUUGGGCACUCGCUUUUGUGUCGCUACUGAUGGGCGCGCCAGUACAAGACCACAUAUAUGGAAUCAUUGUUGGCCACAUGUACUACUUCUUCGAGGACGUCUAUCCUCUGAUGCCAACCUCAAAAGGCUUUAGACUGUUUGCGACGCCCAAACCUCUGAAGUGGAUAUGCGGUCAGAGGUAGCUGGAACUCUAGUUUUGCAGGACUUCUGCUCCGUGUGGUCCUCGUCUACUUCGCUGGGACCUUAUACUUCUGGCGAUUUUCCACGGCGUUGCCACGUUUGUGUAAGAGUAGUCCCCGACCAGAGAAUCUCCCUCCUUGAUCAUGCUGGCCCGGUCAGAGGUAGCGGUAGGCCCGACCCGAGAAUCGCCGUCCUGGCCAGACCUUCCUUCGCAACAAUUUUCCACAUUCAACAAACACGCACUUGUAACCCACGCAUCCCUCCAAGAACUACAUGCUUAUCGCCUCUAUAAUCCCAUGCUUCACUCGUCACAAGAGGCUGAGGCAACACAGCACUUCCUAGAAAAACCAAAAGAAGGGACAUGUUUUUCUGCUUUCCAGAGAACAUCAACUACAAAGUCAACAACUGGGUGGGUCAGAAGAUUGCCACAACAUGUCAGUCAUUCUCGUGCUAGAAGGCAGAAUGAGGGUCGUGCUUAAC